UGUCUCCCAUCUCUUCAAAGCAUGCACUCUCUCUCUCUCUCUAACUUCUCUCUAGCCUCGCCUUGCCUGCUGCUCGCGCAUCCUUCCUCGUUCAAAUCUCCUCAACAUGUCUGCCUCCCCGAACCAACCUACUAGCAUGGGCGCUGCUCCUGAGCGAGGGGCCCCAUCAAACCCUGGUAAGCGCCCGCCUCUAGUUCGAUUUUAUCUUGAAAGUUAUGUUUGAAGGUUAAGAGAGAUGGGCGCCUGGUUUAGUGAGAUCGUGUUCACGCAUAUUCCAAGAGAGGAGAACGCCUACGCGAACGCCUUGUCAAAACUAGCAACCGCUCUCGGCUUCGUAGAGGAACGAAAUGUCAUCGUCACAAGGGAGGUGCCACAAGAACAUCUGAUGGCCACCUUAACUAGUGCAGGUGGUGGUUGGAUGGUAUCCAUAGAGCUGUUUUUAACCCAUGGCAUAGUUCCCAAAAACUUAAGAGAGACCUGGCGCCUCCGUCGAAGGGCGGCUCGAUGCUGCAUUAUAGAAUGCUGGCUCUACAAAAGAUCCCAUUGGGGCACAUACUUGCGAUACUUGACCUGCUUUGGCCUUCCAAAGUCCAUCGUUAUGGACCACGGUAAGCAGCUUGAUUGCAAAACGUUCGUCAAAUUUUGCGAAGAGAAUGGCGUGGUGUUGCGGUUCUCCUUAGUAGCAUAUCCUCAAGCUAAUGGACAAGCGGAGACGGCCAACAAAAGUAUCUUGCAUGGGUUGCAUACCAGGCUGUCAGGCGCCAAAGGCAGAUGGGUGGAGGAGUUGCCUAGUGUUUCAUGGGCACACCAGACGACGUAUAAGACAACACGGGUGAAACACCAUUUGCCCUAACUUAUGGCGGGGAGGCGGUCAUUCCAAUUGAGGUCACUGUUCCAAACUAUCGUGUGGCUCAUCACGACCCCACCAACAAUGAUAGGGAGUGAGUCGAUGAUCUAGACUUGGUGUACGAGAGGUGCGAGGUGGUCGCGAUACACCUAGAGGCUAUGAAAAAGCAAGUUGCAAGAUACGACGACAAGAAGAUGCACCUGCACGCCAUCGUAGCAGGCGCGCAAGUUCUUAAACGUGAUUUUAGACCAGGCUCCCAGGAAGGAAAGUUGGCACCAAGAUGGAAAGGUCCAUAUCGUGUUCGCGAGGUCAAACUCCCCUUCCUGGCGCGCCAAUUGUUUGAGCUCAGAUACUUUGGAGCCCAAUUCCCAACCAGCUCUAUCCCCGUGCAACGAGUUCUAGGCACCUGACCUACACACACGCACACGAAGGAGAGAGCCUGGGCCCGUUAGUCCUCCAACGAUCAAGUCAGUUGGGAUCUUAGAGAGAGAAGUGUCAAGCUCUAGUGUUGAGUGAGAGAAUCCAACUUGCGUAAAUGCUACCUACCGACUCUAUUUAUACUCACCUAACCCUGGACCGGGCUUCUUCCAUCCAGCUCCACGUCAGCAUCAUUUUUAAUGCUUCGUACUUCUGUCUGACUAGGCACCUUGACCAACGUGUCAAGCCCCUGACAGAUGCAUGGCGCCCAGACCGUACUCUCUUGGAGUCUUACGAACCUUGUCUCCUAGCUUCCUUUAUCACACCUGGGCUUGGCCUCGCGGGCCAACCCAUGGGUUGGGCCCAUGGAUGAUAAAGCCCAAGGUAGGGUUUAAGAUCAAAGUAUCUCAGCUAAGAGGUCUAGAACCUUGGAUCAUUUCUCUUCAAACAAGAACUCACAAAAACAGGGUCGAUUUGUGGGUUGGGUGGUGAUUUUCGUGCAACUUUCACGAGGGGAAAGAGGCUCGAGACUUUAGGUAGUUGCUUGGCCACGAUCAAGGUGAUGAGCUGAUCGAUACAAGCUCACGAUUGCUCAGAAUCCUCCAAGCAAUCCAACUCAAUGCUUCAAGCAAACUUGCGAGAUGAAUCAAAGCUCUACUUUGUAUUCAAUGACGAAAAAACUGACUAUCACAAUGAAUUGGAACUCUUAAA